CGCCUGCGCAGUGCGCGUGCUGGCGGCCGCGGUGCUGCGCGGUGCGCCGCGUUACCUGGCGGCCGUUGGGGGUCCCGCGCGCGCCGCCGAGCCGCGGUCGUUCCGCCGCGCUGAGUUCUUCGGCGAUCUGAAAGAUGUCCGGCUUUCUUGAGAGCUUGAGAUGCUCGGAGUGUGUUGACUGGGGUGAAAAACGGAACACGAUCGCUUCAAUUGCUGCAGGAGUGCUAUUUUUUACAGGUUGGUGGAUAAUCAUUGAUGCAGCUGUAAAAUACCCUGCAGUAGAAGAAUUCAACCAUUCGUACCAUGCUUGUGGGGUUAUAGCCACUAUUGCAUUCCUAAUGAUCAAUGCAGUGUCUAAUGGACAAGUUCGAGGUGACAGUUACAGUGAAGGCUGUCUAGGACAAACAGGUGCUCGGAUUUGGCUAUUCAUUGGUUUUAUGAUGGCUUUUGGAUCUCUGAUUGCUUCUAUGUGGAUCCUUUUUGGAGGCUAUGUUGUGAAAGAAAAAGCAGUAGUAUACCCAGGAAUAGCUGUGUUUUUCCAGAAUGCAUUCAUCUUUUUUGGAGGACUGGUCUUCAAAUUUGGUCGCACGGAAGAUCUGUGGCAAUGAACAGACCCAUGGAAGUGCAUUGGCCGUGUCAUUUUUUUUAACUGCACACUCCCAAAAUUUUGUAAAAACCGUUUUGUAAACAGUAACCUUUAAUUGUGUCUAAAGAUAAAAAAAGGAAAAUUUAAAUCACAGCACUAAAAAUGCCAGUUCUGUUCUGUUCAAAAUACUUUUUUUACUCUUCUAUCUUGAUUUAAAUGUUGCAAUGUUUUUGACAAAUGUCAAAUUGAUACAAGUAACAAUGGAAGUCACUUUUAUGAUAAUGAAGUUUCCUACAAGUAAAUAGUAUAGUGGAGAAAGGAUGUAUUUAACCAGCUGUUUCUAUGAUGUUAUUUACAAUUUGAAACUGUUACUAAAAAUGCUUUAAAACAACUUUUUAACAUAUAUUUAUUAAAUAUUUCCUAUAUCUGGACACUAAACACUUCUUCAAUUUCAAAAUUUACUUGUGUGCGGCUUUUCUUGCAUAACAUAGAAUUAGACUGCUUUUGGUUUUUUCCCUCCCAAUAUUUUCUUUGGCCUAUGAUGAUAUUGCAGAAAUCUCUGGAGAGUAAGAACUUUCUGUUGCUGUAGAUGACACUGCAGAGGCACAAAUACGAACUAUGUACCUGCUCUAGGUGUAAGUAGCCCCUUCACAUUUGUUGUAAACUCUAAUUUAACCACUGUAAAAGAAGGGAACAGUACUCUUCAGAUGAUAAUUAGAGAUGUGACAGUCACUGUCAGGGAAAAUUUAGAUUCUGUAGCUCUUCUUGUAUCUCACAGUUCAAGUGAACGUGCUGUCUGCCUCGUUCUAUACAUACAUUUGGGCUGGUUGCUCAAUGAAAGUGCUAAUGAAAGAUGUGAUAGAAUAGAGGAAAGAGAGAGAAUAAAAUACUGUUCCAUAAAAGCACUACUGCUAGAAAUCAUCAGAAGCAUUUGUGUUAUAGAAGUUGUAACUUUGGUUACAUUUGGUUCAUUUGGUUACUGGAAAGCAAGAAAUUGAAGUACAGAAGUUGAACCCAGAUUAGAAUAUUACAAAGUUAGUAGUUUGUUAACUGAGAGAUAAUGCAAAUGUAUAGAUGUACGUACAGAGUGAACGUCACUAUUCUCUGUUGAUGAAAUUGCAGAUCGCUAGCUAUUUUGUGACCUAGAACUACGGCAUCUCCUCUGCAAGAAACUUUUCAUUACAGUUAAUGGAAGUAUGAGAAGGGUUGCAAGCAGUGAUUUACUUCUCUUAAUCCCUAAUGAAUGAACUGAAGUCAGUCUGCAUUACUGUAGUGAGCAUCAAAGUAUUUAUCCUUUAUCUUCAAUAUUAUAUGUUUCUCGUAACUUUAUUUUUAAACAAAUGUGCUAAAUAAAUAAAAACAAUCAAAUCUUGA